CGCGCGCACGGCCCUCCGGGGUUGGCUGCUACGGGGACCGCGGCGGCGGCCUCGAGAGCGGCUGUAGCUUUGCCUGAUUAGUUCCCUCCGCCCCCUCGCGUCGGGCGCUGUGGUGCGGUUGCCUUGAGACCCCCAACUUUAUUGUUCUUCAGCCCCACCUCCCGGCGCGCGUCCUCGGGAUGCACUGAGCUGAGGGGAGGGGCGCGGCGGAGGGUCGCGGUCGCGGUCCCUCGCCUCCGAGCGCCCGGCCGGAGGGGCGGGAGUCACGAUGUCCGGUAGCCGCCAGGCCGGGUCGGGCUCCGCGGGGACGAGCCCCGGCUCGUCGGCGGCCUCCUCGGUGACUUCCGCCUCCUCGUCCUUAUCCUCGUCCCCAUCGCCGCCUUCCGUGGCGGCCUCGGCGGCGGCGCUGGGGUCCGGCGGGGCAGCGCAGGCCGCGGGUUCGGGCGGUCUCGGCGGCCCGGUGCGGCCUGUGCUGGUGGCGGCAGCGGUGUCGGGCAGCGGCGGCGCGAGCGGCGGCGGGGCGGUGUCCGCGGGCCUGUCCCGGCUCAGCUGCGCGGCCAGGCCCAGCGCCGGCGUAGGAGGGAGCAGCUCCAGCCUGGGCAGCGGCAGCAGGAAGCGUCCUCUGCUCGCGCCCCUCUGCAACGGGCUCAUCAACUCUUACGAGGACAAAAGCAACGACUUCGUAUGCCCCAUCUGCUUUGAUAUGAUCGAGGAAGCAUACAUGACGAAGUGUGGCCACAGCUUUUGCUACAAGUGUAUUCAUCAGAGUUUGGAGGACAAUAAUAGAUGUCCCAAGUGUAACUAUGUUGUGGACAAUAUUGACCAUCUCUAUCCUAAUUUCUUGGUGAAUGAACUCAUUCUCAAACAGAAGCAAAGAUUUGAGGAAAAGAGGUUCAAAUUGGACCACUCAGUGAGUAGCACCAAUGGUCACAGAUGGCAAAUAUUUCAAGAUUUGCUGGGAACUGAUCAAGAUAACCUUGAUUUGGCUAAUGUCAAUCUCAUGUUGGAGUUACUAGUGCAGAAGAAGAAACAACUAGAAGCAGAAUCACAUGCAGCUCAGCUACAGAUUCUUAUGGAAUUCCUCAAGGUUGCAAGAAGAAAUAAAAGAGAGCAACUGGAACAGAUCCAGAAGGAACUAAGUGUUUUGGAAGAGGAUAUUAAAAGAGUGGAAGAAAUGAGUGGCUUAUAUUCUCCUGUCAGUGAAGAUAGCACAGUGCCUCAAUUUGAAGCUCCUUCUCCAUCACACAGUAGUAUUAUUGAUUCCACAGAAUACAGCCAACCUCCAGGUUUCAGUGGCAGUUCUCAGACAAAGAAACAACCUUGGUAUAACAGCACAUUAGCAUCAAGACGAAAACGACUCACUGCUCAUUUUGAAGACUUAGAGCAAUGUUAUUUUUCUACAAGGAUGUCUCGUAUCUCAGACGACAGUCGAACUGCAAGCCAGUUGGAUGAAUUUCAGGAAUGCUUGUCUAAAUUUACCCGAUAUAAUUCAGUACGACCUUUGGCCACAUUGUCAUAUGCUAGUGAUCUCUAUAAUGGUUCCAGCAUAGUCUCUAGUAUUGAGUUUGACAGAGAUUGUGACUAUUUUGCAAUUGCUGGGGUUACAAAGAAGAUUAAAGUCUAUGAAUAUGGCACAGUCAUCCAGGAUGCAGUGGAUAUUCAUUACCCUGAGAAUGAAAUGACUUGCAAUUCCAAAAUCAGCUGUAUCAGUUGGAGUAGCUACCAUAAGAACUUGUUAGCUAGCAGUGAUUAUGAAGGCACUGUUAUCCUAUGGGAUGGAUUCACAGGACAGAGGUCAAAGGUCUAUCAGGAGCACGAGAAGAGGUGUUGGAGUGUUGAUUUUAAUUUGAUGGAUCCUAAACUUUUAGCUUCAGGUUCUGAUGAUGCAAAAGUGAAGCUGUGGUCUACCAACCUAGACAAUUCAGUGGCAAGCAUUGAGGCAAAGGCUAACGUGUGCUGUGUUAAAUUUAGCCCUUCUUCUAGAUACCAUUUGGCUUUUGGCUGUGCGGAUCACUGUGUCCACUACUAUGAUCUUCGUAACACUAAACAGCCAAUCAUGGUAUUCAAAGGACACCGAAAAGCAGUCUCCUAUGCAAAGUUUGUGAGUGGUGAGGAAAUUGUCUCUGCCUCAACAGACAGCCAACUAAAACUGUGGAAUGUGGGGAAACCAUACUGUCUACGUUCCUUCAAGGGUCACAUCAAUGAAAAAAACUUUGUAGGCCUCGCUUCCAAUGGAGAUUACAUAGCUUGUGGAAGUGAGAAUAACUCUCUCUACCUGUACUAUAAAGGACUUUCUAAGACUUUGUUAACUUUUAAGUUUGAUACAGUCAAAAGUGUUCUGGACAAAGACAGAAAAGAAGAUGAUACAAAUGAAUUUGUUAGUGCUGUGUGCUGGAGGGCACUACCAGAUGGGCUGGAUGGUUUGUAACACUUUAGAAAAUUUUCCUGACUGGAAGAGGGCCAAUCUGAAUGAACUCUUAUCUGUCUUGGGAGAGGAAGGAAAGAAGAUUCUGAGCAUGGACCCUGACUUCCAGGAAGACUGUGGCUCCCAUCUUCUCCUAAAUGCCCCACUCUUCUUUCCCAGUGUCCAGACUAGAGAAGGGCAGGAAAGGAAAAAAGGGAGGAGACAAGCAGGUGGUGGAAAACUGAGGCAACCCUAUUAGUUACUUCCUUCUUAAAGUAAAUUUACACAAAGUAUAAAUAUUCCAUAUCUUUAAUGUCCACUAUUGUGUGGAUAGCUUCCAGGAAAAUAUUUGUUGCAUUAGAUAUUUCAUAGUGAAUGUUGUAAUUAAAUCAACAAAAUAUGAUUUAUAGAGCUUGCUAGUUGACAUUUUAAAUAUUUCAUUGUUAUGUUUAUACUUACUGUAAUGGAACUUGACUUAUUAGAAUGAUUCUUACAUAUUUUUCUCAUAAAUCCUUUUUAAAAAAUAGUAUAUCUUCUAGAUAUGCCAAUUUUGAAGCAUAGAAUUGACACAGAUCUUUAAGUUAUUUGCUUUUUUGUUGUUGUUGUUCUGCCUUUUUGAGAGAAAAAAGAAAUAUUGAUCGGAGAAUGCAUUCUAAUUAUGCCAUUAGCCUGAACCUUCAUUAUUACACACCAUGCCUAAAAGCAUCCAAAAUACUUUGAAAUUUCAGUUUGGUUUCUGUGUGUUUAUAUUUUGACAGUUCCUACCAAAUUUCCAUAGUAGUAAUAGAGGGAAAGAAAGUGGAUAUCAAAUAUCAUUUAUUUGAACAUUAAGGUUUUUAAUUAAUACUGUUUGAAUUUGUUAAAUAUGCUGAAGUGUACAUAAUGGGAAAACGUGAUUUUUUUCU